AUGGGCACCACCCACCGGACACGACAGAGGCCGCGCGGGGAGGCCACCUGCCCAGAGCACCAUGUCGGUGCUUCGCCUUCUUGGGUCCUGCGGCCGCCGGUGAGUGGGAGCACGGGCUGGGCGGGAACUCCGGGCCGCGGUACCUGUGCUCAGGCCGGCCUCAGGGGGCGCGUGGGCCCGCAAGAAGCUUCUGGAGGCCGCUUAGCCUGGGGGCCACCAUCUCUUAGCCUGAGGGCCUCGGGUCACCAUCUCCCCAUGGCUGGAGAUUGCCAAAUUGCCUUUUGGAAAGGAUUGCAGGAGUAUUGGAGCGUGUAUGUAAAAAACCUCAUACAUAGUAAGCGCUCAUGUUGUCUGCUUCGCCUUGUGACAAGCAGGAUUUGGAAGAGGUUGCCUGUGCUGUCCCUGAAUGUGCACCUUUAUAAAAAUCAGCAGGAAGAGAAGGCUGAACCCAUUGGUCGUUACCCUGUUCCCUACAAGAAGGACCUGCCUUUUGACAUUGUAGAGUUAAUGGAUGAGGUAGAAAGGGAGACAGGAUUUUUACCAAAUACAUUGAAAGCAUUAUCUUACCGGCCAUUGGAAUUCAGGGCCUUCUUUGCUUAUUACAAUGCCAUCCUCAACAAAGAAACAGGUAAGCUCAGCAAAACUGACAAGGAACUCAUCAUUGUAGUGACCAGUUUGGCCACCAGGUGCCUAUACAGCGUGGUUGUCCAUAGUGCCAAGUACAGGGUCUACUCAAAAAACCCUGUGCUCUCUGACCAGGUCUGUGUGAAUUGGAGAAAGUCCGACCUCUCUCCUCGGGAAAAAGCAAUGCUGGAGUUUGCACUUGCUGUUUCCCAAGCUGACGACAUAACAGAUGAUCAUUUUAAAAAGCUUGAGGUGCAUGGCUUCGAUCGAGAAGAUGCCUGGGACAUAGCUGCCAUUUCAGCUUUUUAUGCCAUGGCCAACCGCCUUGCUCAUUUUGUCAAUCUCAUUCCCAACAAAGAAUUCUAUUUGAUGGGCAGAACCAGUGAUGGUCCCCGGCGGAGGGCAGACGAGCGGCGGCGCAGGUUUCCCAGCCGGCGGGCUUAG